AGCCUCAUGGAUGCAACAACUAAGCCUGCUGCCCCUGCUUCGUUCAACGCUUUUGUGGCCGAGAUUCCAAGGAAACGCAAAGGAAGUGAUUCCGAUAACCAUACAUUCUGCUUACUUCAUUACCUGUUCCUGCAGGGACACAGCUGAAGUUGAUGGUGAUCCUCAGAAAAGGAGUGAAGAUGACGAGCAUGUUAAAAUAAAAGAUUUCAGAGAGGCACACAGUCAGACAGAGAAACGAAGAAGAGACAAAAUGAAUAAUCUGAUAGAAGAAUUGUCUGCUAUGAUACCUCAGUGCAACCCCAUGGCGCGAAAACUAGACAAGCUUACAGUGUUACGGAUGGCUGUGCAACACUUAAAAUCUUUAAAAGGUUCUACUAGCUCCUAUUCAGAAGUCCGAUAUAAACCUUCAUUUUUAAAGGAUGAUGAGCUCAGACAGUUAAUCCUUAGGGCUGCAGAUGGAUUCCUGUUUGUGGUUGGAUGCAACAGAGGAAAAAUUCUGUUUGUUUCAGAAUCAGUUUGCAAAAUACUUAAUUAUGAUCAGGCCAGUUUAAUUGGACAAAGUUUGUUUGAUUACUUGCAUCCAAAAGAUGUUGCCAAAGUUAAGGAGCAACUUUCUUCUUCUGAUAUCUCUCCAAGAGAAAAGCUUGUAGAUGGCAAAACUGGCUUGCAAGUACACACGGAUUUUCAAGCUGGACCAACUCGACUGAAUUCUGGUGCUCGACGUUCUUUCUUCUGUCGGAUAAAAUGUAGUAAGACCAUAGUGAAAGAAGAAAAGGAAUGCUUGUCCAACCAAAAGAAGAAAGAUCACAGAAAGUACUGUACCAUUCACUGUACUGGAUAUAUGAAGAACUGGUCUCCUAAGGAGGUGGGAGUGGAAGAAGAAAAUGAUGUAGAAAAAGACAGUAGUAAUUUUAACUGUCUCGUUGCAAUUGGGAGGUUACACCCUUAUAUUGUUCCACAAAAGAGUAGUGAAAUAAAAGUCAAAGCAACAGAAUUUGUUACACGAUUUGCCAUGGAUGGAAAAUUUGUUUACGUAGAUCAACGUGCAACAGCAAUUUUAGGAUAUCUGCCCCAAGAGCUUCUAGGAACUUCUUGUUACGAGUACUGCCAUCAAGAUGAUCACAACCACCUCGCGGAAAAACAUAAAGAAGUACUGCAGAAUAAGGAAAAAGUAUUUACGAAUUCCUACAAAUUUAGAGCAAAAGAUGGGACUUUUGUUACUUUAAAGAGUCAGUGGUUUAGUUUCAUGAAUCCAUGGACCAAAGAGCUGGAGUACAUUGUGUCAAACAACACUGUAGUAUUAGGUCACAAUGAGUCACCUGAAGAGCUGGCCCUCAGUGGCUCCCAGCCUGCAGAAGAUACCACAAAACAGUCUUUAGUAAAUGUACCUGGAAUGUCCUCUGGAACAGUUCUUGGUGCUGGAAGUAUAGGAACUGAAAUUGCAAAUGAAGUAUUAGAGUUACAAAGGUUGCAUUCUUCUCCAUCUGGGGACUUAAGUCCAUCACAUCUCUUGAGGAAGUCACCUUCUCCAGUUUUGUCUGUGAAAUGCAGCAAUGUGCCAAAUAAAGAGAUGAUACACUUAUGUCCUUCAGAAACAGAAGUUCUAGAGACUUCAGAACAAACCCAGGGUGCUAUUUCAUUUCCCAAUAAUGAACCUCUCCUCAGUGGUAAUUCUCAGCUGGACUUCGAUGCAAUAUGUGAAAAUGAUGACACUGCUAUGACUGCUCUCAUGAAUUACUUGGAGGCGGAUGGAGGACUUGGGGAUCCAGCUGAACUAAGUGAUAUACAGUGGGCUCUGUAGUGUUGCUUUCUUGUAGUAAGAAGGAAUGUAAAGUUCUUAAUGCACAACAACCACACAUCCUCAGUACUGUACUAUAAUUUUUUAACUCUUCAUCUUAAUUCAUAUUUAAUACUAUCUAUAUAUUUUUAA